CCAGAUGGCACAUAGUGUUAGGCUGUUAGCUAAGCAAAAAAAAUAAGGAUCACUAGAAAGGUAGAUAAAUUCCAUCAUUCUUAUUGGCUAGAUAGAUGUCUUCAAAUGCUAUUUGUGUAUCCUUGUUAUUUUAUUCAUUAAUCUGUUUUAAUAAACUUAUUUGACUGGUACUAAUAUGUUCUUCAAGUAGGUGGUUGAGUAAUUUAGGUGAAUUUCUCACGUGUACCCACUUCACCAAACCCAUCAUGGUAGUUACAUUAACGGUGUUCAAAUUUUUUAAUUCUAUUUAGAAGAAUAGUGAUUGCUGAUUUUCAAAAGUAUAUUAUACAGAUUGGUUUGACACGGGGUUUCGUUAAAACUUGAUUCUCUUUUUGGAUCAAAUAUUGUUAUAAAUAUGAAAAUUCCAAGUAUUGAGUCGUUUUGAUAUAGUAUACUGGUAGGAUUUAGUUAUGUAUGAUGUAUCAACCCCGAUUGCUUCAUGCAGCCAAACAUGUUAUCCGUAUGGUUAAUUUGGACAGAACAUAUGAUAAAGACAUGGUAGAUGAGUUUUGUUUGAUUUAUUGAAUAAAUUGGUACAAUAAUUAACUCUUAGAACAUGUUAAACAAAAAGAGGAAAUUCAUAUGAAGACGCAACCAACCGAAAAAGCAGCAGUAGAUGGGACUCCAUCCAGUCUCAGAGGCCAACACCUCAAGCCCCUUCGGCUCUCUCUCCGCUGCAGAAUUCUACUCUCGCCACUCAGUCGCCCACUCCUCCGCCUACUUCACCAACCCUUCCGGUCUCAAACUCUUCACACAAUGGUGGACUCCACUCAACCGUCCACCACUCGGCCUCAUUGCCGUCGUCCACGGCUUCACAGGUGAAUCGAGCUGGUUCCUUCAACUAACCUCAGUCCUCUUUGCCAAAUCCGGAUACCUCACUUGCGCCAUCGACCACCGAGGCCACGGCUUCUCAGACGGUUUAACAGCUCACAUCCCAAACAUCAACCUAAUCGUCGACGACUGCAUCUCCUUCUUUGAUGACUUCCGUAAGCGUCACGCGACCUCCUCCGCUCUCCCUUCCUUCCUCUACUCCGAGUCCCUCGGUGGUGCAAUCGCUCUCUACAUUACCCUCCGCCAGAAACACCAAUGGAACGGUCUUAUCCUCAGCGGCGCCAUGUGUUCCAUAAGCCACAAAUUCAAACCUCCGUGGCCGUUACAACACCUCUUAACCAUUGCUGCUACACUCAUCCCCACUUGGCGUGUCGUCCCCACUCGCGGCUCCAUUGCCGGCGUCUCUUUCAAGGAGCCCUGGAAACGUAAGCUCGCCUUCUCUAACCCAAACAGAACCGCCGGUAAGCCACGAGCCGCAACGGCAUACGAGCUCGUACGAGUCUGCGAGGAUCUUCAAAGCAGAUUCGAAGAAGUUGAAGUCCCGUUGAUGAUCGUACACGGUGGAGAAGACGUCGUCUGUGAUCCCGCCUCCGUCGAGGAGCUUUACCGGAGAUGCAGUAGCAAAGACAAGACGUUAAAGGUUUACUCUGGGAUGUGGCAUCAGCUGAUUGGAGAGUCGGAAGAGAACGUCGAUUUGGUUUUCGGAGAUGUUUUGGAUUGGAUUAAGAAACGAGCUUACAUCUCCACCGUGAACGGUGGUAGCAAAGCUUAAAGACUCCGGUUAAAAUGCUCCAAGAUCUUUGUUUUUAUUUUAUUUUUGGUUUAAUGUUAAGAUUAAGAUCCUUUAGUUUUCAUAUAUAGAGAAUAAAU